UUCAGUUUGAGAACAUUAGCCACUGCAACAAAUGAAUUUCAUCUCUCUAAUAAAAUUGGGAAAAGGAGGGUUUGGUCUUGUUUACAAAGUACUUAAUUUCUCUUUUUUAUAGACUUAGUACUCCUCGAACAAUAUCAGUAUUGGUUUGGAUGAAGGUGAUAUUAGUUUGGAAGAAGAGAUUCAACCUAAUUGAAGGAAUAUCCAGAGGGCUUCUAUAUCCCAACCGUGAUUUAAGGCUACGAAUUGUUCAUAGAGAUCUGAAAGCAAGCAACAUACCUCUUGAUGAAAAUAUGAACCCCAAAAUCUCAGACAUCGGAAUGGCAAGGAGUUUUUGUGGCACUCAGGAUGAAAGCAAUACAACAAUAGUGGCUGGGACUUUUGGAUAUAUGGCUCCAGGGCACGACAUGGAAGGUCAUUUUUCUGUGAAAUCUGAUGUCUACAACUUCAGAGUCAUUCUGCUUGAAAUUAUUCGUGAAGAAAGGAAUGGACUUUUAGAAGUUUUAAAGAUUGCAACAACCUCUUGGAAUAUCCAUUGAAAAUUUGGGAAGAAAAUAGAGCGAGG